AUGUCUACUAAACUAACAACGAAAGAGAAUUUAUCAAUUGUCACCGAUAAAAAUCAUUUGGAAAAUUUAAAAUUAAAUCUAGAACACAAAGCUAUGAAUCGACGAGAAAUCCCUCUGUGUGUGGAAGAAGUUCUUUUUAAAUUUGCAUAUUCAGCAGCUGAUGAUGUUGAACGGGCUAAAAUAGUAUUAGCAGCGGGUUGUUUAGCUGAUUUUGAAUUAAAAACAACAUUAAAGAGUACAAGAAAAUUAAGAGUAAAUAUGAAAAUGCUAAUAAAUGAAUAA